AUGCCCCCAGGAACGCCCUACGCCUCUUUUGCGCUCCCUUAUCCCAUUCGUGUCGACUGUUUUACAUGUACAGCUCAUCUUCCAGCUCCAUACAACACCCCAGCACUGCAUCUUCUCACACACUCGCAUACCGACCACAUUCUAGGUCUCUCGUCAAAAUCAUUUGCUGCCCGGGUAGUAUGUUCGUCUGACACAAAGGAGAUACUCCUGAGACAUGAGGUCUAUCUGGAGCGUGCAAAGAAAGAUGGAGGUGAAGUUGCGACGCGGACGUUUGCUCAUUUGAAGGUUGAAGGAGGAGCAUUAAGGCGGGAUUUGUUGGUGAGUGUGAGAGCUCGUUUCACGCGCCAUGCAGUUCCGCUGAAUACUCCAACUGAGUUUGAGUUAUCACCGACUGAGAUUGUGACCAUUACGCUCAUCGAUGCGAAUCAUUGCCCAGGUGCCGUCAUGUUCCUCAUCGAGGGUCCCCGUGGCACAAUUCUUCAUACGGGCGACGUACGCGCUGAACCAUGGCUUCUGGCCUCUUUAAGUCGCAAUCCGUUUCUUCAACCAUACAUCCCAGACUCGGAGGAAGAUCUCCAUGUUCUCGUCGCGCGAGGUGGCCAAACAGCAAACUUAACGAAAACAUUAAAUGCGAUUUAUUUGGAUACGGCGUGCAUGUUGAGGGGAACUGUUGUCCCCACAAAGGAAAACGCGGUCAAAGGCCUGGUCGAGCUCAUUGCCCUGUUUGAUAAGGACACCUAUUUCUUUGUAAACUCGUGGACUUGGGGAUACGAAGACGUGCUCAAGGGUAUCGCACGAGCGUUCCAGUGCCAGAUUCAUGUCGAUCGGUACAAAUAUGCUGUCUACACGCAUAUCUCGGAUCCCUUUCUUCGUACUCUCGUCACACGCGACGCGACGAUCACUCGCUUUCAUGCCUGCGAACGGUAUGAGCGCUGCAGUUUCGUGGAUGUACCUAAAUUUGACUUCAAGAAUGAAUCAGCGCCACGGAGCAUCGAGGGAAAAAAAGUCGUAUACGUCAAUCCCGUGACCAUGGGAUGUGCACAGUGGGAGGGCUAUCGCAUGGAUGUACAAAGACGUCUUGCGAUGGGGAAGGAUGUUGAUCGCUUGCUUGUACCUCUCGAACGACAUUCUCCACUACCAGAAUUGCUCAACCUUGUGUCCCUCUUCCGCCCGCGUCGGGUGGUUCCCAAUACCCUCGUGCCUGCUCUCGGCGGUCUCGAUUGGACUGCUAUGAAAGCCAUGUUCAAGGAGUGUAUGGCACCGCCCAUUCCCGAACGUGGCGACCUCAUCCCGAACGAGCUGAGCCCAUCAGGAGUUGUCCAUCCCAGUGUCCACGAUUUCGCCUCCCUUGACCUCACCGAUACAGACUCAGCAAUGAAAAACCUCGUCGGCGACUCCGCUGAACUUGAAGCACAGAAGUGGGCAGAUGACGGGAGUAUGCGACGACGACUGGAGAUCCUUCGAGGGUGGUUAGGACCAAAGGAGAAGGGAAUUGUUGAUCGAGUGCUCGGG